AUGUCUCAGUGGAGUCAAGUCCAGCAGUUGGAAAUAAAGUUUUUGGAGCAGGUAGACCAGUUCUAUGACGAUAACUUUCCCAUGGAAGUCCGACAUCUACUAGCACAGUGGAUAGAAAGCCAAGAUUGGGAGGCCGCUUCCAAUAAUGAACCAAUGGCAACAAUCCUCUUACAGAAUUUGUUAAUACAAUUGGAUGAACAGUUAGACCGGGUUUCUCAAGAAAAGAACCUCCUGUUGAUACACAACCUGAAAAGAAUCAGGAAACUUCUUCAGGGAAAAUAUCAUGGUAAUCCUAUGCACAUAGCAGUUAUUAUUUCAAACUGCUUAAGAGAAGAGAGAAGGAUAUUGGCUGCAGCCAGCAUGCCAGUACAGGGACCACUGGAAAAACAACUGCAGAAUUCCGUAGUUUCAGAAAGACAAAGAAAUGUGGAGCACAAAGUGUCAGCCAUUAAGAACAGUGCCCAGAUGACAGAACAAGAUGUCAAAUACUUAGAAGAUUUGCAAGAGGAGUUUGACUUCAGGUAUAAAACAAUACAGAGCCUAGAACAGGGUGACAAAAACAGCGUCCUGAUGAAACAGGAAAUGGUGAUGUUGCAGGAAAUGCUGAAUACCUUAGACUACAAAAGAAAGGAAGUCCUUAGUAAAAUGACACAAGUAAUAAAUGAAAGUGAUGUCUUGAUGAACAACAUGCUGCUUGAAGAACUUCUAGACUGGAAGAGGCGCCAGCAAAUUGCCUGCAUUGGAGGUCCUCUACAUAGUGGGCUUGAUCAGCUCCAGAACUGUUUUACACUGCUGGCAGAGAGCCUUUUUCAAGUAAGAAGGCAACUGGAAAAAUUGGAUGAGCUGUUGACUAAACUGACUUAUGACGGAGAUCCUAUUCUACUGCAAAGGCCUCACCUGUUGGAAAGAGUCAACUUCUUGCUCUACAAUCUUUUCCGAAGUUCAUUUGUGAUUGAAAGGCAGCCCUGCAUGCCCACCCAUCCCCAGAGGCCAAUGGUACUUAAAACCUUAAUACAGUUCACUGUUAAACUAAGGCUGCUAAUUAAAUUGCCAGAGCUGAACUACCAGAUCAGAGUGAAAGCAACUAUUGACAAGAAUGUAUCAACUGUAAGUAAUCGCAGAUUUGUUCUAUGUGGCACUCAUGUCAAAGCUAUGAAUAUGGAUGAAUCUGCAAAUGGAAGUCUGUCUGUAGAAUUUAGACAUUUGCAACCCAAAGAAAUGAAAUCGAGUGCUGGAAGCAAAGGAAAUGAGGGCCCUCAGAUGGUAACUGAAGAGCUACACUCCAUCAGCUUUGAAACACAGGUCUCCCUGUAUGGUCUGACUAUAGAUUUGGAGACAAGCUCUUUGCCUGCAGUGAUGAUUUCCAAUGUCAGUCAGUUACCUAAUGCUUGGGCUUCUAUUAUUUGGUACAACUUGUUGUCAAAGGAUUCUCAGAACCUGGGUUUCUUUAACAAUCCUCCUACUGCCACUCUGAGUCAACUCUUAGAAGUACUGAGCUGGCAGUUUUCAUCUUAUGUUGGUCGUGGACUCAAUUCUGAGCAGCUCAAUAUGCUGGCAGAGAAACUUAUGGGGCAACAAAUUAGUUACAAUGAUUAUCAACUGUCCUGGGCAAAGUUCUGCAAGGAACAUUUACCUGGAAAGUCAUUUACCUUUUGGGUAUGGCUCGAAGCAAUACUGGACCUAAUUAAAAAACACAUUCUUCCUCUUUGGAUUGACGGGUAUAUAAUGGGAUUUGUGAGCAAGGAGAAAGAACGAGUUUUGCUCAGGGACAAAAUGCCUGGAACAUUUUUAUUAAGGUUUAGUGAAAGCAACCUGGGGGGAAUUACAUUUACCUGGGUGGACCAGUCAGAAAACGGAGAAGUAAGGUUCCACUCAGUGGAACCCUAUAAUAAAGGUCGUUUAACUGCGCUGCCAUUUGCUGACAUUUUGCGAGAUUACAAAGUUAUUUUGGCAGACAAUGUUCCUGAAAAUCCACUGAAAUAUCUGUAUCCAGAUAUUCCCAAAGAUAAAGCCUUUGGCAAAUACUACAGCAGUCAGCCAAAUGAAGUCUCAAGACCUACAGAAGGAGGGGUCAAAGGUUAUGUCCCCGCUGUAUUUAUCCCAAUCUCCAAAAUCCUGUAUGAUUCCACAGAUCCACAUUCUCCAUCAGAUCUUCUUCCCAUGUCUCCAAGUGUUUAUGCUGUGCUGAGAGAACACCUGAGUCCCACAGUAAUUGAAACUGCUCUGAGUUCUCCAUAUUCAGCUGACUGA